AACUGUGAGCAGAUCAGCAGCAGCUCCUCCCCGGAAACCGAGAGCUGCAAAUUUGGAACCCCGGGAAAUCACUAUAUAUUAUCGUGAUCAACAGCAACCUUCGACCUCAAAUUAAUGGCUGCCUAUGAGGGUGCAGCUGCCAAGGUGACUGGAAUCCGACAAAUAGUCCGGCUGAAGGGGAUCCUUCAAAAGUGGCACUCCAACACCUCAAAAUCGAGAAGGAGCUCCUCCUCCAGCACUAGCAGCAAAGGUCAUGGAGACAUCUCCCCAGUCAUCACUAACAGAUUGAGGAACACCUACACUAGUACUGCCUGUGACUCAGACGAGGAAACUAUCAACAGCCAUGAUGAAUUCCCGGUUGAUGUUCCCAGAGGGUUUCUUGCAGUUUAUGUUGGACCAGAACUUCGGAGGUUCAUCAUCCCCACGAGCUAUCUCAGCCUUCCAGUCUUCAAGGUUUUGCUGGAGAARGUGGAGGAGGAGUUCGGUUUUGAUAACAAGGGCGGGCUCACCAUUCCUUGCGAGAUUGAGACCUUUAAGUACCUGCUCACAUGCAUGGAAACCCAUAAUAAGGAUCAACCACCUGCUGAAUGCUGAUGACAACGCUGCCGGCCGGCCGAAGUGCAUGGACGUAACGCACGAUUUUGUAUAGAGAUCCAAAUUUUAGGAUUUUCGUUGUUGAUGCAAGUACGACGACACUGGUGAAAAGAUUCAAUCUGCUUCAACUAAUUAAAUGAAGAUAGGGAAGUAUAUAUAGCUAGGAUUUUGGGGCAGAACCAAUUGUUGUUGGAGGCAAGAAGAAGGAAUA